GGGGCGCGGACGCGGCGGCGUGGGCGGGGCGCCCGGCCCCUGGGGGAGAUGAUCGAUAGUCCCGCGGACUCGGGCCUGUGGGUCGCAUGGACGCCCUGGCGCUGGGCCGGUGGCGUCGGCGGAGGCCGGAGGAGCUGCAGGUUCCGGGGGACGCGAAGCGGGUGUGCCGGAGCCGGAGCUGCGAGGCGGCUGCGCCGGAGCGGGGCUGGCCCCCGGUGAGGGCCGGCGCCCCGGGGUCCUGGGGCAGCCGGGAGCUGGAGGCGCCGCCCGGAGGCCGAGCCCCUGCGCCCAGGCCGGCCGGCGGCCAGGGGCCACCGAGUGUGCGGGUCCCUCCGCCCGGUGGAAGGAGCCCCGCGCCGCCCUGCCUGAGGGCCACUUUAACCACGCCGAGCCUCGUUAGAAGACGGGAGCUGGAAGAGGGAAAUUCCGAUAUGAAUCUCCAUGUGAUGGCGAAUGUGAGCCUCUUACAGAUGGGUGUGGGUGCACACCUGUGCCCUCACCCCGGUAACCCACCGCCCUCCGCGACCCAGCCAGGAGGCCCUGCCACUUCGGAGACUGCGGACCGCCAGCGCCGUCCGAGCCGUCUUCCCCGCAGCCCGGUGGGAAAGAGCUCCGUGGUGCCAGUGAAACGCCAUCCAGUGUCCUGGGAGAACCCUGUGGCUUCUGGAACCGUGGCCUCCCUGUUAUGCUUCUCCGUGGCUUUGUGGGUGUGUCCGGGGCUGCUUGGCAUUCUUUUUAAUGAAGACUUAUUUUUAUACUUAAAUGCCCUCUCUUACCACAUGCUGGUGUCCGCGCCGCUCUGUGUGGCUGUGCCCCGAGGCCAUCAGGCACGGCCCCUCUGACAUUAAACGGCAGAUUCUCAUUUUC